UCAAUGCGAGUAAAAUAUCCAAUAAUAAAAUUUAUUAGUGAUACGGCUGAUUUAUACAAGCAAAGAACAUUGCAACAAGCAAAUAAUGUUCGGGAAUUAAUAUUUCGUGGUUGUGUAAUUGCAUUGAUAAUAGCAUUACUAGUAUGGUUAUCAAUACUUAUGUAUAUCGCUUUUUACUAUGCUUAUGUACCAUAUGUUUCCCAUUCGAAACCUGUUCAUGUAACAUUUAAGCCAUGUUCGGUAGUAUGUACGAAAUCCGAAUAUUCUCGAAAAAGUGGUGUAUGCAGUUUUCCAUCAGCUCAUGUUCAAUUGACCAAACGUAAUCAAUUACUUAUGAUGGGUCAACCUUAUAAAGUGGAAAUUACUUUAGAAAUGCCAGAAUCUGAGGCUAAUAAAGAAUUAGGAAUGUUUAUGGUAUGUGCAGAUUUCCGAACAAAAGCUGGCGAACUAGUACAUACAUCUUGUCGAUCUGCUAUGCUCCAAUACAAUAGUCCUUUAUUGGAUACAUUACGUACGAUUGUGCUUAGUCCAGGUUUAAUUCUUGGCGCCACAAAACAAAAACAAAAUAUUCAAAUAGAAUUGUUUUCGGAUUAUGAAGAUGAUCAAGAACGACCUGUAACCGACGUAUACAUUGAAAUUCAAUCACAAAAUAUUGAAUUGUAUUCAGCAACACUUUUAAUAAGUGCACACUUCUCUGGUUUACGAUAUAUGAUGUUUCAUUGGCCGAUACUAUCGGCGUCGAUUGGCAUAACGAGCAACUUAUUCUUCAUCGCUUUUAUUUCAAUACUCAGUUGGUAUCAAUUAAUUAAUUCUGAGGAAUAUUUGAAUUAUAAACAUGUUGUUGAACAUACACAAAAAUUUAUGGCGAUUAAACAAAAGAAAUUUAGUGAUGAUUCACCAUCCAUAGAAUCGACACAAGAAAUUGAAUCGGAUAUUAAAUUUGAAACACAAGAAUCAUCCAGUGAAGAUAUUCGAGAAUUUGUUGAUAUUUUAUCAUCAGAGAAAAUAAGUUCAUUUUAAAAACAUUUUAA